CGUUUCGCAAGCAAAAUAUGUUCACAACAUAAAAAUGUAUUAAUUAGUGUUCUAUUAUUUGGUCAUUUUUUUCAGGAAUCUUUAUUGAGUUUGUACUUCAACUGACACAAUGAUGAUAAAUUCACUUCUUGGACUGUUAUUCGGAGUGAUGUCAGUGACUGUUUGGAGCCAAGGAGUCGCAUCAUUAGCUGUUCUAUGCAAUACGUUAAUAGCCAAUCAUUCGAUGUUCUGUAACUGUGAUCUAGAUGGAGUGGACGAAGCAACCUGGAUGUCUUGUUUCAUCAUCAAUUCUUUGAAACCAGAUGAUGAAGUUUGGAAGGGUUUCGCGCGACAAAGUAAACUAACUAGUCUGACGAUAACUUCUCAACUUUCCUCCGGUUCCCUAAAUUUCGUUCCAACAGAAGCCCUUUUAAGAACACCACAACUUGAGGAGGUCAGUAUUAAACAGUGUUCAAUACCAGAGCUUCUUACUAAUUCCUUCGUUAAUUUAGAAUACCUUGGUCGAUUGUCUUUAGAAAAUGACGAAAUACGGUAUCUCCACAAACACGCUAUUUCGCACCUGCCGAGAAUAACUAGUCUCGUCCUCAGCGAUAAUUGUAUUGAAGAACUGAGGGCGGAAACACUGUUCGACUUGCCACGAUUAACAUUUUUAGUGUUGGACAGAAAUAACAUAUCCUGGAUCGACGAUAACUUUUUCCUCCAUCUGUCCAACCUGACGGAACUAGAACUAUGGAAUAACAAGAUCCAACACAUUACACCUUACACCUUUAAUGGUCUGAAAAGCCUCCGCCGUUUAGACCUGUAUAAAAAUCACUUGACAAAGCUGGAUAACUAUGUCUUCAUCGGUACACCUAGAUUGCACGAACUUGACCUGAAGGAAAAUAGGAUCUCAGAAAUCGCAUCCAACGCUUUCCACGGCCUUUCUUUCUUGAUGAGUCUCCACCUGAAUCGAAACCACCUGAGGACGCUCCCCGCCCACGUGUUUAGAGGCAGCCCCAAUGUGAUGAUGUUGGAGUUGUCUAAUAACAAACUAGAGAGUAUCCAGCGUAAUGUGAUAGAAGACCUACCUCGUAUGAUUAAUGAUAAUUUCAUCAUGUACUUCAGAAACAACAACUUGAAGUGUGAUUGUCGACUGAACUGGGUAAAGAAGUACGCUGACCUUGCCAAGUACCAUAUCUUCAAAAUGGAGUUAAACCAUAUGAAGUGUAAACAUGACAGCGACAAGAAUACCAAACGUGUAUUGGAUUUAAACUUUGACGACCUCGGGUGUCUCCACACGACUACGCCAAUGACAACGACUUUCAAGGUUUUCACUCAAAAGGCAAAUAGGCUUAAAAUUGAUUUAUACGAACACAUCGAGGACAAAGAAGAUUCUUUUCCCGAAUCUAUACGAGUUAUGACAACACCUCAAGACUUCGAAAACGUUUCUAGUGCACAACCUUCUCGUGACAGUCACAGUAUUUCGGAACCAGCGUCAUCUAUCGUUAGAGACGAUAACUCCGCAGGACAUUUUUCACCAAGAUAUUAUCAACUAGUUUCUACCGGCUUAGUGUUUGUAUGUCACUUGAUGUUAUUGUUAUAACUGUUUCUGAAGUGGUGAAUAACUGAUGAGAACAAGACUCAUUAAAAAUAAAAACUAGAAUGGAACACGUAAAAUUUUUUUUUUUUGUAAUUUGACAAAAACGUACAUUCUACAGCAAGUUAUCAAGAAACUUAAAACUAAUUCUGUAUUCUUCGAAACUUAUGUUAUUGGGCUUAAGAAAAGAUGUAUCUAACUCUAUAUAUAUAUAUAUAU